AUGCAACCUUCUGAUCUGGUCAACGAACAGCCAAUGGUCCUGCGUUGUAAGCAUCGGCGUGAACUCAAUGUGCCAACGAAGCGUAUUAACUGCCUCGAGCUGCCGGUCUGUUUCUCCUCGAAUCUCACCCUCACCACACUUCCAUCGCCACACUCCCCUCUGCACACUCCCCUCACCACACUCCCUUCACCACACUUCUCCACCACAAGAGUGAAACAACGUGUCACCACCAUUCCGCCCUGUGAUAGCUCUCUCGCUCUCCAACACAGGGACCCGCUAUUAGAUGCGAUAAAGUAUGCUUGGGUGAAAGGGGUCGCGGUUUCAACACCAGGAUCAGGGAACAUCGAGCUGAUGUCUGUCACCACAGGACUUCCAACGCCAUGGUGCUGGUUUCUGGUCUCCCUGGCGGCGGCGGAUCUGCUGUUGCUGUUGCUGUGCGUGCCCCUGGAGACGUUGCAGUAUUUCUUGUGGACGCCCCACCUCUCGCUGCCCGUCUGUAAGCUGUCUUCCUACUUUGAGCUCCUGUCGGCUGUCGCUUCCGUUCUCAACCUGACGGCGGUGAGCCUCGAGAGGUACAUCGUCAUCGUGUACCCCAUGAGAUCGCGCACCUUCUGUACCCUUAGCAACUGCCGGCGAGCCAUAAUAGGUGUCUGGAUCGUCUCUCUUGUAUUGUCUGUACCCGCAGGCAUGACCCAGAAAUGA